AUGACGUCAACAAUUGCUCCAGGGUCCAUCGUCCUGGUCACAGGUGUAAAUGGCUACAUCGCCUCCCAUGUUGCGGAUCAGUUAUUGGAGUCGGGUUUCAAUGUUCGGGGGACUGUUCGAGAUGUUCAGAAAGCAGCCGGGCUGGUGGAGCGGUGGGAAACCAAAUUCGGCCGAGGCCGAAUCGAAUUGGUCAUUGUAAAAGACAUAACGGUCCCCGAAGCAUUUGAUUCGGCUGUUGAAGGUGUUUCUGGCAUUGCUCAUGUCGCAAGUAAUGUGAGCUUCGACCCGGACCCGAACCUCGUUAUACCAGGAGCCGUAUCUAGUCUUCAUUCCAUAUUGGAUUCGGCUGCCAAGUCUUCGACAGUGGAGAGCUUCGUCUACACGUCAUCAGCCGCGGCUUUGGCCCCUCCUAUGCCUGGUGUGGCACGGCGGAUCACCGCGGCAACGUUCAACGAAGAGGACAUCGAGAAAGCCUGGGCCCCUCCACCAUACGGCCUGGAACGUGCGAUGUCGGUCUAUGCAGCAAGCAAAGUUGAGGCCGAGCGGGCUCUCUUCACAUACGCCGAGGAGAAGAAGCCACAUUUCGCAGUCAAGUCCAUCGUCCUUGGCGUCAACUUCGGCAAGGUCUUGGAUUGGUCUAUCCCGGCAAGUUCGGGAGAUUUCGUCAAGGAGCUUUUACUUGGUAAACCUGAAAGAGCCAAGCAACUCGCAUAUCAAUGGUUUGUGGAUGUGCAGGACUCAGCACGUCUCCACGUAGCAGCCCUCACCGACUUGACUGUGAGAGAAGAGCGAAUCCUGGCUUAUUCUGAGCAUUACACGUGGAACGACGUGAUGAUGAUUCUUCGGAGAAUCAAGCCUGAUCAUGACUGGAUUGACGAUUUCACGGACGGAAAUGUCAGGGAUCUGUCGGUGAUAUCGAACGAGCGGGGUGGGGAUUUGCUGAGGGAAAUGGGUAGAUUUGGUUGGACUUCCCUGGAAGAGUCUCUUAGGUCCAAUUUCGAAGGGUUAUGAGACGGGUCAGGUUUCCUCCUAGGCAUACUGUUGUGGUCGUGGUGGACAGUGGCGACCAGGUCAAAUGCGUCUGUCCGUCCACAUGGCGUUGGCGUCGCUCUUGAAACAACCGUUCGCAGUAGCUAAGGAGAUGUCCUUAUAGUGUGUGCUAAGCGAUCCCGCCCAAUGGCUUCGUAGUCUUCUAUACGCUCUUUCUUGUAUCUAUCUCUGGACAGAUAUGAUGUAAGAAAUCUCCAUGGUAUAUUAUGUACAGGUUACGAUGGCUGGAUUGAGAAGAUAUACGCCUUGGGGUUUAGAGAGCUCG